AUAUAUAUGUUUAAAAAUUUGAGUUUUUUAAAAAUAUAUAUGUAUAACAAGAAAUAAUUUUAAAUUUGCCUCUAAAAGUGCUCCAAAGCGAAUAAAUGUCAAAAAUUGUAACGUGUGAACACACCUUCAUAAAUAAAAACUGUUUUUGUUUAUAACCUCAAAUCUGUCAAACUGCAAUAAAAUAAGAUAAGAGGGAUAAGAGUAAAUAAAAAAAAAUGUCUGAAUCUAAUUACACGAAAAUUUCGCCUCCCAGAUCGAUAAUGAAUCUUGAAGAUUUUGAGAAAGUAUGGGAGGUUAUUAACAAGAAAUAUCCAAAAGUUGCACCACUUUUAUGUGAAAUGGAAUCUGUUCUUGAUCAGGCAGAAGAUCUUCUUGAUCAAUUACAAUUAUCCAACAAUCUUGAGAUUGUUCACUCAUCAGUGGAUGAAUCUUCGAAUGUAAAUUUGGAUAACUCUUCAGAAAUUAUAUCAGAUGAGAAUUUAAAAUGUAACACGUCAAAUAUUUUGGUAUCAAAAAAAGAUUCCGAAGAAGGAAUAAAUUUAUCUAAUAACACACAGGAACUUGUAAAAGAGAGAACAAAUGAAUUAGUUGAAAUGUCAAAGAAUGAUGAUGAAGAAAUUGAAACAGACGAAUCUCUUUCUUUUUUGACGAGAGUAGUUGAGACGAUAAAAAAAAGUGAGGAAAGUAUGUUGAUGGAAAAUUGUGAAGAAAACUCGAAAUCUAAUUCAGAGUCAAAUGAGAAUUUACAAGAAAUGAAAAUUUCCGAAAAUAUGAGCAUUGAUUCUUGGGCUAAGGUUGUUGGCGAUUCUUCUGAAUCAAAUGAAAGUUGUUUUCUCCAGGAAGAAACUUAACGAUUUGGGGAAAAAUAAAAAAAAAAUUUAUAAGUAGAACUUAACAAGGAAAUUAUUUUAUUGGUGAAAUAAUAAUAAUAAUAAUAAUAAUGAAAAUCAACUUUAAACUACAAAAUAAAAGG